AUGUCUUACUCUGCAGGUAUUCUCCCAGUCUCGAGGUACAAGGGCGAGCUGCUCGUUCUCUUAGGGCGCGAUCGUGUCGAUGGUCAGUGGUCGGACUUUGGAGGCAGAAGCGAGGGAGAGGACAGGAAUGAUCCCAAACGGACAGCAUGCCGCGAGUUCUUUGAGGAGUCGAUGGGGGUCGUUCUGGACAUUGACGCAAUCAGAGCCCGGUUGCAAUGCCCAAAGUGCCAUUCUCUGAUCGAGUCUCGGACUAUGGGCGGGCAGGUCUACAGCAUGUACGUUGUCGGGGUGCCGUUCUUCCAUACCUACGGGACGCUCUUCCAAAAGGUCGCUCGCUUUGCUCGGUACAUGGAUGCCAAACGGCGCUUUCUCGAGAAGAGCGAGAUAAGCUGGUUCAAUCUAAACGAUGUCAUUGCUGCUGCGAGGGGAUUGGGGCGAGGUAGGCACCAGCCCACCCCGCUAAGGGACGUCUUUGCGGCCUCAGUCAGGCUGGGGGCAGAGACCCUGAGGGGCUCCUGGACCUUGGAGCUCUACCCCGUCCGGGCUCACGACGAGCGACCAAAGGGGCCAAAGGCCGCCGUUUCUGCAACACCUGUGGCAAUCCCCGCUCCCCGUGGCGCGGGCAACGAAGGUUCCGAAGGUAUCCUGCCAGCCUCCUGGAGGGAAGGGUUCAGGACUUUGGUACGGGUGGACCGCGACACAAUCCCGCUCACGAGGGGACAAAAGUUCUUCCCGAGAAAGCCUGCUGAGGCAGAUGUGCAAGGGCCGCAAGCUUGCCACGACAUCCUGGGUGGCGGCUGGUCUUACGCCUCUUGGCAGCCAGCCGCUGACAAGAAGGCGGGGGGAGUUUACAACUGCUUCCGCAACGUGUAUCAGCACUGA